AUGCGGGUUAACGUGGCAAGAGUAUGGGAGGAUGCGGAUUAUCAGAAAGUUCGAAGUCUGUGUGAAGAGAAUGAUGGAUGGGAAGAGGUGUACAAGAAGAAAGACAUCAGCAUUUACACUCAAAAUAUUGAAAACAGUAGCUAUCAGAUGAUCAAGGCAAUCGCUUUGUUCCCAGAUGUCUCGGCUUCUGUUGCUUAUGAUGUUCUCCAUGAUUCUGCUUAUCGUGUUAAAUGGGACAAAUAUAUGAUCAAACAAGAGAGCAUUGGAAUCAUCAACCCGAAUAACGACGUUUGUUACUAUUCUUUGAGCUCAGUGUCUCCAAUUCGUCCACGCGACUUCGUGAUGCAACGCAGUUGGUUGGAAACCGACAAGGAUCGUCUCAUCUGCUCGCAUUCUGUGUGUCACGAGGACUAUCCACCAGCUAAAGGAUGUAUUCGAGCAACAAUACUCUUAGCUGGAUAUCUUAUCAAAGAGAAAGGAGAAGGAUGCGAGGUGACCUAUAUCAGUCACUCGGAUCCAAAGGGAAAACUUCCGACUUGGCUGGUGAACAGAGUUACGAAAGUGGUGGCUCCAAAAGUGAUCAAGAAGUUGCACAAGGCGUGUCUUGGAUACACAGAGUGGAAGGAGAAACACCAUCCAACAUGGAAACCAUGGUCGGUGCCGGAGCAACAGAUGGAUCUUGUUCGUGUGGAUCUUCAGAAAUGUCAACCAAAGGACUAUGAUCAGGAGAUAAUUGAUGAAUCCAAUUUGUCGGCAGUGAGCAUCAACACCAAGGAUGAUGAGGAUGAGGACUCUCUCAAGAAUUAA